AUGAAAGGUUGCUAUAAAUGUGAUUAGGAUUUGGUAAAAAUUCCCUUCUUUUACGUAUUACUAGCAAAAAACUUAAAAUACUCAGUAAAAACAACUAUGUGCGAUUUUAAGUAUAUAUACAACACCAAUUUAAUUGGUACUUUUUAGAAAUUGAAGAAAAAAUAAAUAAUUAAUUUGUUUGUUUAUAUUAUGAAAUAGUAAAAAAUAAUUAAUUUAAAAUAAAAGAAAAACUUGAAAUUAAAUAAAAAGAAAAAAAAUAAAUAGCUUAUAAAUAAAUUAAUUAAAAGAGCUAGUUAUUUAGUUUUAAAUUCGUUUUUUUAAAAAAUAUUAAUGAGUUUGUCUCUCCUAAUUCCAUAAAUUUCUAAAAAAUAAAAAAUAUUGAUUAUCCCAGUUUUAUUUAUCUAAUAAACUAAAUAAUUUUAUAUAAUACUCAAUGGGAACACGAACCUACUGUCAAUUACAUAUAGAUAUUUUUUAAUUUACAUACAACUUUUUUAAAAAUUAUUAAAAUAUUUUAUAAUAAAAAAAAAUUCAGUAUGCCUAACUUCAUAUAUAUAUUUCGUAAAAAUGAUUUUAAAUUUUUUAAAACAUGUAUAAUCAUAAAUUUAUAUAUUUAUUUUAAUAAUUCUUAUUACAAAUAUUAAUUAAAUUACUUAAGCGCUUCCAAGAUUACUAUUCUUGCUGUAGCGCUACCACAAGAAUUUUAAUCCUGGAAGCGCUAUAUAUAUAUUAUUACUGUCAAAAUAACUUUUUUUGCUUCAGUAAGAAUUAGCUCUGAGUACUCAUCUCUGUUAAAAGAUAUUUUUAUUUAGAAAUCUUAGCCAUUAAUUAAAUUUCUUUAUUUUUAUUAUGAUAAAGUCAAUAAAUUAUAUUAGUUUUUAAAAUAAGAUACUUAAAAUAUUCCUUCUAAUUUAGAUUUAAACUUAAAUUUAAAUUUAUUUUUAUUAUUAAAAUAUUUUAAAUAGGAUUUAUAUAUUCUUCAUUAAUAUCAUUAAACUUUUUUUAAAAAGCAUUUAACUACGAUUUUAGUAAUUUAUUUAGUUAUUAAUAUAUUAUCUCCUAAUUGAUUUAUUAUUGAAUAAUUGUUUUUAAUUCCUGAGUCAUACAAUUUUAAUUGCUUUCAUUAUAUUCACUAUUGUCCAUUAAAUUAUUAAAUAUAAAUUUGAGUUUUUAAAUAUUUAAAGAACUUUGUUCCAUAAGCAUUUAAUUAUUUGA